AUGAUGAGCAACCGCAACAGCACCCCCGAGGCGGGGAACAUCUCCUCGCUGCGCCCUCCCUCAUCAAGAGCCAUCGGGUCCGGACACCAGCUCCGCGCCUCCGCCGACAUGGCCACCCUCACGGGUACGCCUCAGUCCAAACUCAACCGUCCCAGCUCAGACUUCUACGGCCAACAGGGUCAUAGCGCUGGCGAGCUCGACCCGCAGGACAAGAUUGCCCAGCAGUGGAUCGCAGACAUUGAUCAAUAUGAGGAUACUCUGGAGGAGAUGGCCGCUGCGACCCUCGAUCAGGAUUUCAAGGACGAGCUCAGCGCGAUAGAACAAUGGUUCCGAGUCCUGAGCGAAGCCGAGCGCACUGCUGCCCUCUAUGCGCUGUUGCAACAGGCAACACAGGUGCAGAUCCGCUUCUUCAUUCAGGUGCUCCAGCAGAUGGCCAAGAACCACCCCAUGUCGAGUGUGCUCUCCCCGGCUGGUUUCGACAAAGACCCCAUGUCGAGCCGUCUGAGUGACGCCAUGGGCAAGCUCAGCGUUGAGUCAGCCCGAAAUUCCCUCGCCCGCGCCCCCUCGGCCGCCAAACGGCAGUCUGGUCUGGACUCGUCCGUCAUCAAUGCCAUGUUUCCCGAUGCUGCCGCUGCUAUUGCGACCGAGAAGGUCAAGUUCACACAGCAGACGGGCGCUGCUCCUCCUUCGAACCGAAACAGCACCGUCGACCGGAACUCCCUUGUGGCCCCAACUAUUUCAGGUCCGGAUGGCGUCGAGGGUAAUGGACAGGGUGCCUCCUCGCCCUGGGGUGCUGCCGACCAGCGGCCCAAGUCGUCCACUGGCCAGACCCCCAUGGGUCAGUUCGUCCAGCCGCCUCCUUCGGCUGGCCUUCGCUCCCCGCACCCGCAGAUCUCUGGAAACCAGCAGAUCAAGAGCACGACCAUCACGACCGGAGACAAGUCCGACCUCCCCCUCCUGUCGCCCUACGGCCCCAGCGGCGGCAAUUGGGCCUCGAUGGUCAACACCCCCAUGGCAGCCAACUUCAAUCAGGGCCAGCAAGGUGGAAACCAGGCCGAUAUGGUGGCCAAUGCCACUGCGAUGAAGCUGGCAGCGCUGUCCACGGUCAACAACCGUUUCGCGCUCGAUGAUCCCCGCAGGUACCGACGCACUCGAUCCAACGACGCACCAGGUUCGCCUCUGCCUCCCAACACGCAGGGUAUGGGCAUGGGCGGCAUGGGAAUGGGCGGCAUGGGUGGCAUGGGCGGCAUGGGCAUGGGUGGUCAGCCACUCAACAUUGUUAUGAGCAACGAGCGUGGACAGGUCCUCACACCCGAGCAGAUGAUCGCACUGCAGCACCAGCAACUUAGUGGUGGCGGCUCUCGACCCAACUCACCUGGCUUCGCGCUGCAGGGUGGUAUGUCGGCCGGGUUCCAGCCCAUGGGUGCCUUCACCUCCCCGCAGGCCAACGGCUUCCUGAACCCAUAUAGUGGAACGUCACCUCUGCUGAAUAACGGCAUGGUCGGCCUGGGAGGACUGGGCAUGGGAGGUCAUCACGAGGGCUACCUGUCAGACCACUCUGAUAUCAAUCGUGGUCGCUCUCCACGUGGUCGCCGGGGUACUAGCAAGCCCCCAGAGGAUCCGACUGACCCUACCCUGCUGCAGGACAUUCCGUCUUGGCUGCGCAGCCUUCGUCUGCACAAGUACACAGACCAUCUGAAGGAUCUGAAGUGGAAUGAGCUGGUCGAGCUUGAUGACGAGGCCCUGGAGAAGAGGGGCGUCAACGCCCUAGGAGCCAGGCGCAAGAUGCUGAAGGUUUUUGAACAGGUUAAGGAUGCCAAGGCCACAGGCAAGCUUGCAUAGAUUUGCACUUGUAAUCGGUUGCCCACAAGCAUCACGAUCGAUGAGAAAAAUGGGCUCCAGAAUCACGACCACGAAAGUGGGUCAACCUCCCACAUUGUUGUAAAGAUUAAGGGUGCUCUGAUAUCAUAAACGAGAUCCUACAGUUAGCGUGGGAAUAGCAGUCGCAUUUCUUGGUUGACAUGGGUUUUGGGCACAGUUGGACAGUUCUGAACACACAGCCUGGUAUAUAUUUUAUAUAUAUAUCAAGGACACCUUUCCCACAUUGGAUGUCUCCACUGGGGUAUUUGACCAAAAUGGAAAUAUGUCUUGAGGCUGGUAUGAACGCUCUUAUGCUGAGAGAUGAUAGAGCGGCAAGUUUGUCAGGCAUGCUCAGGUAUAUCGUGGCUGUAUAACAUGACACAUCAGACAGCGUGUCUCCUCAACAGCAAAUACAUGGUUUUGAGUGAAGU